AUGAAGAAGACGGGCCGCAACCGGCAGUGUUUUGACUGCGGCGUGGCGGAUGUCACCUGGGCCUCUCCAAAGCUGGGGACCUUCAUCUGCGUCACCUGCUCUGACGUGCAUCGGGCAGCCGGCGCUCACAUCACCUGUGUCAAGAAUUUCACCACCUACCUCUGGUCCCCGGAUGAGGUGGAGCUGAUGCGUGCUGUUGGCAAUAACCGCGCCAAGGAGAUUUUCCGGCCCAGUAGCGACCUCUCCUGGCAGCCGGCCGAGUCGAAGGAGCAGAAGGUGCGGCAAUGUACGAAGUUGUACGGGACGGAGAAGGCUCAGCUUGCAGUGAAGCGGCACAUCGAAGCAGCGACAGCCGCGGCGGGCCCAGGAGCCAAGGCCCCGGCGCAGGGCAUGGGCUACGCCAGCCAGGCUCCUGACUGGCUCGGGGACUGGCCGUCAGAAAAGCCUGUCGCCAAUGGCCUUGCCAGCAGGGAUGUGGGCAACGACUGGCAUGACUUGAUAGACCUCUUCCCGCCGUCCGCUGCUCACAGCGCACCGCCUUCAAAAGGCGGUGACGCAGGAACUCCUUUCCAGGGCAACGCUAUGACCGCCAAAGCUACUGAGCAUGAGAAGGACCCUUGCCCAGAUGCCCUUGGCGAUGUAAGAGCGCACUCCUCGUGCCCUCAGGGGGAAGAUGCAAAAUACAGACAGCAUCUUGUUUCUCCGUUCUUUGCCCCUUCCCAGUGCUGUGUAGCCUUCUCCCACAUUGCCAGGGUCAACUUGGCUCAGGACUUCUGGUCCAGCGUCAACUGGGACGAGUUGCUGAAAUGA